GGGUUCUUCGUGAGGGAGCCGCAAGAGGUGAGUCCGCCGCCUCGCCGAUUGGUACAAUGGCAGGUCGGGGCAGGAUGCGAGUCCCUCAGCAAGGAGUCGCAAUCUUGCGGCCUCACGGCAGGGGCUCCAUGGUCGUGCCGCCUCCGCCGAUCAUCGAGCAGAAGCUUGCGGCCCAGCACCUGGAAAUCCAGCGCCUGCUGACCGAGAACCAGCGAUUCGCGGCGACGCACGUCGCGCUGAGGCAGGAUGUGGCGCAGCUCCGCCAGAUUAUCUCCCAGAACGACGCCAAGAUGUCGGCAUUGGAGAGGGAGCUGGAGCAGGCGAGGAGCGAAAUCAAGACGGUGAAUUCGCAUCGCCAAGAGCUCCUCCUCCAGGCGCAGCAGAUGACACAGGAUUUGCAUCGCGCUCGAUCGGAUGCGCAGCAAAUGGCCGUGAUGAGGGCCGAGAAUGACACGCUCCGCCAGGAGCUCCAGAGGCUCAAAGCUACUUACGAGCCAAGCAGUGGCAGCGCUGGCGGUGGUGGUGGCGGUGGUGGUGGAGUUUCUACUUCUGCUAGUGGCAAGGAUCAUCAAGAACAGCUCUCCAAGGAGGUGGAGAAGCUCCGCGCAGUGGCAGCAUCAGUGAACUAUCCAGUGGCUUCUUCCAGCGCUCCAUACGUCGCCAAUGGGAGUGUGGCCGCCACUCCUUCCAGCGCUCCUGUGGAGACAUGGACGACGCACUACGCUCCAAAUGGCUCUCUCUUCUACUACAACACAGUCACGGGUGUGACGCAGUGGGAGAAGCCGGCCUCGCUCGCCGCAAGCCAGGCCGGGCAGGAGCUCCAUUCCAAUCCACAAGCCGCGCUUCAGCAAACCAUGCACCAAGUUCUCAUCCAGCAGCAUCAAGCUGCCGCCGCCGCCGCCGCGUAUCAGUUGAGUGGUCACUCCGCCACUCCGGGCCUCCAGCAGCAAUUCCCACAGCAGCUGCUCUACGCUCCUCAGCCAUCCUCCCAGAUCACAGGAGCUCCAGGACCAACCAACUUACCCGGUACAAGUCAGCCAUCUACAAGCCAAAACCCGUUGGCAUUCCUGGCGCGAUCCUCAGGAGUCGUCAACCCUUCACUCAAGCCCGACGGUGUUUCUUCACGGCAAUCUCCCUCAGCUGCUAACAGCCCCUCUAGGCCACAAGGUGCGACGUUGUCAGUGUAUGGGAUCUCUGCCGACUACCGGGACUCGGACUUGGUGGACCUAUUCAAGCCUUACGGGAGUGUUUUAUAUGCCAAAGUCGCUACCGCCAAAGAAAUGGCUGCGGGCCAGCCGUGUGGUAAGCCAAGCCAUUUUUUUCUGUUCUGUAGUUUCUUUUUUUCUCUGUCCUUCAUUCAUGCGAGCUUCCAGCUUCUCGACUUUCAGUGUUCUUCUAUAGCCACUUUCGUGUCCGUCGUUCGCUUCGCUCUAGCUAGAAAUGAUCCGAGACGCUUACCUCUAUCCGAGCUUGGCCAAAACCAACGAGCUUUUCCCUUUUUCCCUGACUGAAAGAUCCUUGAAACGAUUUCCUGCCAAGUGCUUGCAGUUCGCCCUCGUUAUUUACUUCUACAGUACCGAUUGAUCGCAUCAGAUUUCUUAUUUCUCGUUUGUUUGCAAAUCUCCG